AUGUCGUCCUCUCAAAGCAAGCAGGCAGACGACGAUAUCAUCCGCGAGAUCACUCCCGAAGAUCCCGUCUUCGGAUACCUGCACGGAGAACCGGCUGAUCCUGCUAAACGCGAGGAAUAUCAGAAGAGAAGCCAAUAUUUCGAGGAUGCCUUCGCGGUCCGUGAGCCGUAUAACAGCCCUCGCAACCGUGUUAACAUGGAGGCUGUGAUUAUCGUCGAAAUCAAGGUUGAUGUCCUGGUGAAACCCCAUCAGAGGAUGGAGCUUCUCUCGGUCCUCUCUGCGCGCCUGGCGGAGAUUUUUCAGCGUCCUGAAAACUCCAUCCUCGUUACUCUCGAGCCCGAUGCGGGUAUUCGCUUCGGGGGCGUGCCUGACCCAGCGUACUUGAUCACCGUCUCGGCACUGGCUUCCAUGUUUGCGCCGCUGACCAAUGUCCACACUACUGCCAUGCUCCAGUCAGAGAUGCGCGACGUCCUGGCCAUCCCUGACAACCGCGGCGUGGUGCGAUAUGUGCCGAUUAAGGAAGAGAACCUGGCCACUGGCGGUACUACUAUGAAGGCCGCGAUUGAGGAACUUGAACGCGCUGCGAAGGCGGAGCAUCCUGGGGUCGUCAAGAAUCUUUCACGCUCCAUGAGCAAGAGACUUCUGAGAUCGAAGCGUUCAAACAGCUCGCCGGGGGUCCUUCCCACCUUGCCUGAAACUCCGGUGCCAGCUAUCACCGAGACCGCUGAGACCACUGAGACCACUGAGACCGCUAAGAGUGUUGGGACUCCGGCCCCUCCGGCGCCUGCCAACAAACCCGAUCAGCAGAAGGAGUCCUCAUUUGCGAAGCGCGCCCGAAGCAUUCAUUAUAAUUCAGGAGUUGGAGGUUUACAUGGGUUUUCUUUUCCUGUAGGUAGAGAGUUCUUUAGACCAUUAGGGUCCACAUCAUUCCCAUCUUACCUACAGAAUGGAUUAAUUCCCUAUUUCUUUAAAAACAAAACCGCCAGUGAGAUGUGCCUAAGCUACAAGACAAACAAGACAAAACCAGAAAUGGACUCAGCUGCUACUGGCAAGAGCAACAUUACUGAGAUCGAGGGAGAUUUGUUCGAUGCGCCAGAUGGGGCGGUUUUGAUUCACGCCUGUAAUUGCCAGGGUUCGUGGGGAGCAGGGAUUGCGAAAUCUUUCAAGAAGAAGUAUCCCGCAGCCUUCGAGAUCUACCGUUCUCAUUGUAUGGAUCUUCUGUCACAUCCAGAGUACGUGGUGCAUUCAUAUGAUAAUGGAGAUGAAAGCACCGGAUCCCCUGCUCGGAGGCGAAAAGUCCAGCUUCCACUGGGCACUGCCUUGAUCAUCCCGCCUCAGGAGGAAGACUAUACCCCAGGCAUGAGGCCGCCUCCAUGGAAAAGACGGAAGAAGACAAAGACUUCUUCUUCUAAAGCAGAAGAGGCUCCAGCGAAAGGGGAAACUGCGGAUUCUGAUUCUCCGAAAAAGAAACACUGGAUCGUCUGUUUGUUCACCUCUUGGAAUUUUGGACGCCAUGUCAGUACGCCAGACACUAUCCUUGAAAACACCAGAUGGGCCGUUGAAGACAUGAAGAAGCAGCUGGCGGAGCUGCGUGAUGACCCGGCUCGACGCCCUGGAGAACUGUGGUCAUGUCGAUUCAACUCGGGACUGUUUGGUGUCAAGUGGGAGGAAACGCGCAAGGUACUUGAAGAGUCGGGCUUCGAAAUCACCGUUGUGAGACCGCCAGGUGAGGAAUAG